GUUUGGUAGAAUUGGUUUUGAACCAUCGAAUGUGAUUGAGAUGUGCGCCUAAACAUUAAUCUGAACUUAUGCAAGAAUUGAAUUUAACUUUAAUUGUUCAUAAGCAUCAUGUGUGUUUGCUUAUCAUUAUAAUUUAAACUGGUAACGUGCAAUGUUUUUAUCAAGCCUUGUGAACAUUCAGGUUGAAUAAAUAUCCACCAAUUUUUCAAGGGAUACUCAGAGGGUCGUGCUCAUCGUGACUCCUGGCCGGAGAUGCUCAAGCUCAAAGAUUGGCCUCUGUCUAAUCUAUUUGAACAGAGGAUACCGCGUCACUGUAUGGAGUUUAUUAGUGCUUUACCCUACAAAGAGUAUACGCAUCCUCGCAGUGGUUUCCUUAACUUGGCCACAAAGCUACCAGAAGAGUCUUUGAAACCUGAUUUCGGGACAAAUAGAUAUGUAGCAUAUGGCUUUCCUGAAGAGCUUGUACGUGGAGAUUCGGUGACCAAGCUUCAUUGUGGCAUGUUAGAUGCGGCAAGACGUGUGCAAGCUCGAAGAAUAUCUUAGGAAGCAUUGUAGGGAAUUCAGGCAUCUCCAUUGUUCUCAAGUGGAUCAGAAUUUCACCAUCUUUCCAUUUAUGCAUUUGAGGGUCCUAUUACAGCAGUUGAACCAUGGACUUUUGUACAAAACCUUGGUGAGGCUGUUUUUAUACCUGCCAGGUGUCAGAAACUUAAAGUUGUGCAUAAAAGUUGCUCUAGAUUUUGUCUCCCCUGAAAAUAUUCAAGACUGUAUUCAUCUGACCAACGAAUUUCGUAUGCUUCCCUCAAGCCAUAAAGCAGAUGAAGACAGACUUGGGGUAUGCAUUCUUCUAGCAUGUAUCACUCUGGACUUGUAUUUCUACAUUUUUUUCAUAUAUAUAUAUAUAUAUAUAUAUAAUUUUCCCCUCAUUAUGUUGUGCCAAUGCCCAAUCUGUUUGGCCACUUAAACUAUGAUCGGCAUGAUAUAUUGAAUAAGUAUGGCUUUCUGGGUGGCAUGAGUCAACCUUGAUAAAAGUAUAUCUGGAUUUGAUAGGUUAUAUAGAAAAACUAUAUGGUUUUGGAGCUGUUUCUACUGCAUACUGCAUUUGGACCAAUUUCAUGGGGCAUGGGUUGUAAUUUUAUUUUUGUCAAAAUAUAGUUCUAGUAAUUGUGACUGUAGUUAUAAUACCAAUCAAUCGGUCCUGUCAUUAUUACAACUUGAUUUUAAUCACAUUUAAGAAUGAAAAAGCAACAAAUAUAAUUGAUGCUAUUCAAAGUGGGCACUGUUGAAACAUAUUUAUUUGUUA